AUGGAGAAGUCCAACAGUAAAAGAAGCAGUAGCAGCAGCGUCAAGCUGAAGCAUCGGUUUGCUCAGCUGCUGCUCGGCUCCUCGUGCUCCACCACCAUUGCGGCCGCCAUCCUUGGCCAGACCAGCGCCGGCCCGCAGCACCCGGAGGCCGAGGAGCCCGGUCCGGGUCGCCGCAAGCACGAUGUGGGUGUCGUGCAUGUCCCUAUCCACUGCAGCGCCCGCCAGGUUUCCGAGCAGUUCCUUCCUCUGAUGACCAAGGAGGAGGAGGUAGAAGAGGAAGGGAAUGAGAAGAAGAAGGAGAGGAGGAGGGCUGACGAAGGGUCGGAGAGUGGAAGCAAAGAAGCUGUUGUCCAACUCUUAUGGAUUCACCAGCUCUUCUUCCUUGGAUGCCGAGAACGAGCUCCGUCUCUUCAGCAGCGACGAAGCGCCGGAGGAAGAGUCAGGGACUCCGUUCUCCUCAAAGAGCUUCUCCUCCGACUCCUCCGAGUUCUACCACCACAGCAGGAAGAAGAACAAGAGGAGGAGCAAGUGCAUGAAGUCCACCCGGCGGCCGCCGAGAAGGCACGCGAAGCACGUCCGAGGGCGUUCCUGCGGUGGGAUCGACCAACUGCGGCCGCUGGUCUCCAUCUCCUCGAAGGAGAAGAAGGGGACGCCCAGCGCAGGGUUCGCGGUGGUCACGCGGUCCUGCGACCCCUACAACGACUUCCGGAGCUCCAUGGUGGAGAUGAUCGUGGAGCGCGGCAUGAGCAGAGCUCGCGACCUGGAGCGCCUCCUCAACUCCUACCUCUCCCUGAACUCCCCUCGCCACCACCAAGUCAUCCUCGAGGCAUUUGCCGACAUAUGGGAAGCAAUCUUCGGCAAAUAGCAGAUUUAGCAGCGUAGAUCAUAGCCUUCCUCCUCCUCCUGUUGUUAUUCCAACCACCAAUCUCAUGGUGUAAUCGACGGUUAAUCCGAACUGUUCUUCGCCAUUGUUGCUGUGUCUUAUCGAAACGCGUUCUG